GGAGAAAAAGGGGGCCGGCUGUGUGUGAGUGUGUGUCAGUGUGUGUGUGCUCAUUGCUUUCACAUGGCAUGAGGAUCGCUGAGCAGGCUGCAGCACUGGAGUGUGCCUUUUAAAUAACCGGGAUCCAGUGAUCGGGGGAUGCUGCGCUUUUCCCUGGAGUUCAUUCCGACCCUGAUCUCCUUUAGGACUAUCGCUUAGAUCCAUGAAGGACAGUCACUCGAGCCUAAUGUCUGGAAUGGAUGCCAGUCAGAGUGUGAAGUGUAAGAUAGUAGUGAUUGGGGACAGUCAGUGCGGCAAAACAGCACUGCUCCAUGUCUUCGCCAAAGACUGCUUUCCAGAGAACUAUGUGCCAACAGUAUUUGAGAACUAUACAGCCAGCUUUGAGAUCGAGUCCCAAAGGAUUGAACUCAGUUUGUGGGACACGUCAGGCUCCCCAUACUACGACAACGUACGUCCACUGUCCUACCCAGACUCGGAUGCGGUCCUCAUCUGUUUCGACAUCAGCCGACCAGAAACCCUGGACAGCGUGCUAAAAAAGUGGAAAGGAGAGAUCCACGAAUUUUGCCCCAAUACCAAGAUGUUGUUGGUGGGUUGCAAGUCAGACCUGCGUACAGAUCUCAGCACCUUGGUGGAACUGUCAAAUCACAGGCAAACACCAGUAUCAUAUGAUCAGGGAUCAAACAUGGCCAAGCAGAUCUCGGCUCCCUACAUCGAGUGCUCUGCGCAGCAGUCGGAGAACAGCGUGAGGGACAUUUUCCACGUUGCCACCUUAGCCUGCGUCAACAAGAACAACAAGAACGUGAAACGCCAAAAGUCCUCCCGAGCCACCAAGAGGACCUCGCACAUGCCCAGUAGACCGUACCUGGAAUCUGUAACCUCGGACAUGCGUAAAGACAAGGCCAAGAGCUGCACAGUAAUGUGAGUGAUCCGGGGAACUCGAAAGGGUGUCGAGGCAUGGCCAAAGAGAAGGCUAAAGAUAUCGGUACAACGACUCAGAUGAAGCAGUAAAGGAUGCAGGAUGAUGUCUUUGCACUUUAUGUCCUUCUCCGUCUGUUCAUUCUGCCCCACCCAUGAAAUAAGCUAACCAAAACCAAAUGGUGCCACAGGAGAAGAGAAGAGCACCAGGUGUUGGACAGACGUUUAAACUAAAACAAAAUAUUUCCAGAGGUUUAGAAGGAAUAAUCUACGAGGAGAACUGCUAAAAAGCAUGGUUGAGAUCAUAGGGCAUGAGUUUGGGGACAUACAGGUCAAGGAACUUUGCAGUAGGUGCUGAUUGUGUUGCAUUAUUUUGUACUUUUAAAAAAAGGAAUUAAAAUGUUCGAAGGAAAGCCACAUUCAUGGAGCUAAUGAGCUGCUGUGGAAUUUCACCACAGGAGACAAAAACAGGGCACUUAACAGAAAAAAAAAAUGAUGUGACAAACACUGUGGACAAACCUGGCUUGUUUUGGUUGUCUUUCCAUCGUUUUUUCUCCCAACCAGUUUCUUGUCUUUAUGAUUUGUUCAGAUGAGAACUGGAUGAUGUGUGUCUCAUACUUGUAGGUCUGGAAAGCCUGAGCUUUCCAACAGUUGUCUCUUUGUGGUGAUGCUAACCUCAGAACUAUUAGUGCUUGUGUUUCUCUUCUUUCUUUUUAGAAAAAGCCAAAGACGUGUCAAAGUCAAGCUCGUGUGUCAUAGUGCCAGGGUUUCCUGUUUAGACUGUUAGGCUUUAUGUGCAGUCUUAAGUGUUUGAUAUAAUGUCAGUGGUAGUUCUGGCUUGGCUUGAUGAGCGUAUCUCUCAUGAGUGACUGGGUCUUUUUGUUGGGAACCAACAUUAUUACUGUGUCCAACUCCAGUGCCUCCAUGUGUUUGUGUGUUGGUGUACCCAAGCUUUUCACGGCCUGGGUUUUCAGUAUUGCUUGUGAGCCUUUUAAUACCUCUGCCUAAUCCAUCAGCAAAUGGAAUUUCCUGUAGAAAAAAAAAAAAAUCUCAGCUAUGCAAGAUGCUGACUUUGGCCCAUUUUGGCAAUUCGAAAAAAAAAAAAAAAAAAAGGCUGGCCUGGAGGACUGUGUAUACCCUCUUUGAACAAACCCUUUUCUUUUUUUUUUUUUUCAAAUGCACAGUUUGAUGCACUGAGGAUAAAAAAUAAAAAAAUCUCACGAGAAUGGAAUAUUCAAGUACACUUUUAGUCCACAUGAAAAGCAGUGCUCAUGCAGCCUCAAGCACUGGUCGGAGUCUUGAAAGCAAACUGGAACACAUGCAGCCUGAAGCACCAGUAGACCCAGCAUCAAACUGGAAAACAACCUGACCAUAGGAAUCUUUGCCAACGUACUGGUCACUCUCUUCUCAAUUUUAUUAAAAUUUUUUGAAGAUGCUGGGCUUAUACUCGGUUCAGAAUGGUGCCCCACAGUUCCCCUAGGCAGUGUUAUUCAGCUUGCAGGCUUGUGCCAUGAUUUACACUAAUAUCCAGUGUUAGCUGUAGCGUGUCAGCUUUUUUUUUUUUUUUGAAUGUCAGAAUCUGUUUGUAUGUCUGUAUGAUAUGUUUCUGCAAUAUUUAUUAAUUUCUUACUUUCUUUUUUCUGGAAAAUAAAAUGCAGUGUACAGUACAAUGCUUUUUGUGCUUUUUUAUUUUUUAAAUAAAUACUGUU